AUGAACGUAAAAGACGAUGAAGGAGAGGGUGACGGAGGCGAAGAGAGCGAAUUGAAACGUUCAAGUCGAAAUUUGAACGAAAAGAAGCGCAGAGACCGGUUCAAUGUACUUGUACAAGAGAUAGCAGAAAUUGUAUUGCCGGAAAAUGAACGGAAGUUGGAUAAAACAACAGUGCUUAAACGUGCCAUAAACUUCUUACAGAAUCACCAGUCACAUAUUCGGUCUGCUCCACGACCCAGCCGGCACUCCGCUUCGACGAAAUGGCAGCCGUCGUUCGUUACAGAUGGAGAAUUCAAUUUGAUAAUGUUGGAAGCCUCGAACUCUUUUACACUAGCAACUGAGAGCAACGGAAAAAUCACGUUUGCGUCUCAAAGCGUAUUGCCUCUGUUGGGCUAUCGUCCCGAACAAAUGCAGGACACAAGCUUAUUAGGGUACUUGCAUGAAGACGAUGCCUUGAGAAUUUUGCCACUAUUGUUAAGUGUUGAGAAAAAAACUUUACCCUCGGAGGGUGAGUCUUUCCAGCUUAGAAUAAAGUGCGGAAAUUUCUACUCGAGAAAUACAUAUCAGGCUGUGGAGUGCAAAACAACCUUUAUUUCCCAGCAAAACUGUAUUGUUAUUGUAGGAAAAGUUCAUUACCCGCAACCAAACAAAAUAGUUGUCACCAGUGACUCUCAGUGUAGACAGUUCUCGUAUCGCCUGAGCAUGGACUGGAAAUAUGUAUAUCUUGACCACAGGGCUUCUUCUAUUAUUGGGUUUCUGCCCUUUGAAUUACUUGGAACCUCUUUUUAUGACUACUGUAGUCCCGAAGAAGUUUUCAAUAUUUCUCAAUAUCACAAGGUUCUGAUUGGUCGUGGCCAGGUCACUACUUGUUACUAUAGACAUCUUACCAAAGGACAGUCUUGGGUUUGGCUUCAAAGUUGUUGUUACAUUUCCUAUAAUCAGUGGAACUCCAAACCAGAAUCAACUACUUGUACAGCCACUGUGGUACACUUUGAUGAAGUGUGUGCCAAUCAAAGCAAAAUAAUUCAGCGCGACAGAGAACACUUUAAGCAAUUCUUUUCUAAUGGUGAAAAUGAUGCCAUAUCAACAACUCCUAGUCAAGGUCAUUCAACAUCUCUUUGUGCACCGGAGGAACCAGAGGACCAAAAAAUUGAUUUUAUACCACAGGAAAGUGUAGAUGAAGCCACCAUGUCUUCUGAGCAUAACAAAAACAGAAAAGUCAGUUUGUCACCCAGUCUCCUAAGCUGUUUGAUAAAAACACCCAGCGACCAGUUAAUAGAGGUCCUAAGCAACCAUAGUGGAUUGGAUUCAGAGGAGGAAGUUAAAAGCAGUGAAUUAGAAUGGCUGGAUAAUGUUGAAAUUCCAUCUGGUCUAAGCAGCGUGCAACUAACAACGCACUUUAAAUUGGUGAAAGAGUAUCAGAAAAUUGCUGAACAAAUCAGGAAGCAAGAAAGACAACUGAAGAUGAUCAGGAAACUAAUUGAGUGGAGCAGCUUACUGUUAGAGUUUGACAGCAAUUUUAGACUGACUGGAGAUUCAUCUGCUGACUCAAUAUCAGUCUCCUCUUCUAAUGACAGCUAA